AACCCUGAAUCCGAAAGUGGAUUACUGAUUUCUACUUCCUAUACUGGCAACCUGCAUGUUGUUCAGGGGGAGGCGCUAGUCCGCAGUAGUUUCUGGAAGGAACCUCAUGCUUGCACCAUGGAGAAAGUCUCAGCAUUAAAAGACCAGGGCAACAAGGCACUGAGUGCAGGGAACAUUGAUGAGGCUGUACGCUGCUACACUGAGGCCUUGGCUCUCGACCCUUCAAACCAUGUCCUCUUCAGCAACCGCUCAGCCGCCCACGCCAAGAAAGGAAACUAUGAGAAUGCUCUCCAGGAUGCAUGUCAGACCAUCAAGAUCAAGCCUGACUGGGCAAGGUGAGAAGGCUACUCCCGAAAAGCUGCAGCUUUGGAGUUUCUUGGCCGUUUGGAGGACGCCAAAACAACUUACCAAGAGGGAAUCCGGAAAGAGCCAAAUAAUCAGCAGCUAAAGGAGGGCUUACAGAACAUUGAGGCCCGGCUUGCAGAGAAAUCAAUGAUGAAUCCCUUCGCCAUGCCCAACCUGUAUCAGAAGCUGGAGAAUGAUGCUCGAACCCGUGAGCUGUUGUCAGACCCCACUUACAGAGAGCUCCUGGAACAGCUCAGGAAUAAACCAUCAGAGCUUGGCACAAAGCUGCAGGACCCCAGAGUGAUGACCACCCUCUCUGUUCUGCUGGGUCUUAACCUCUCCGAGAUGGAAGAGGAAGAGGAGCCCACUCCCCCUCCUCCACCCAAACCAAAAGAGACUCAGCCGCCUCCUCCCAAAGAGGAAGACCUUCCUGAAAACAAGAGAAAGGCCUUAAAGGAAAAGGAGCUCGGGAAUGCUGCAUAUAAGAACAAGGACUUUGCAACAGCAUUGAAACAUUAUGAAGAGGCAGUCAAACACGACCCCACAAACAUGACGUAUAUAUCUAAUCAAGCAGCUGUGUACUUCGAGAAGGGAGACUUUGAAAAGUGCAGAGAGCUCUGCGAGAAGGCCAUUGAUGUUGGCAGAGAGAACCGAGAAGACUACAGACAAAUUGCAAAGGCCUUGGCUCGGAUUGGCAACUCGUACUUCAAGGAGGAUAAAUACAAAGAAGCAGUUCAGUUUUUCAACAAGAGUUUGACAGAGCACCGCACUCCUGACGUCUUGAAGAAGUGUCAACAGGCAGAAAAGAUAGUGAAGGAGAUGGAAAAACAAGCCUACAUCAACCCUGACUUAGCCCUGGAAGAGAAGAGCAAGGGCAAUGAUGCCUUCCAGAAAGGGGACUACCCAUUAGCCAUGAAACAUUACAGUGAGGCCAUCAAGAGAAACCCCCAUGAUGCCAAACUGUUCAGCAACAGAGCUGCAUGCUACACAAAGCUGUUGGAGUUUCAACUUGCCCUGAAGGAUUGUGAAGCGUGCAUCAAACUUGAGCCCUCUUUCAUAAAAGGCUACACACGUAAAGGAGCUGCUUUGGAGGCCAUUAAAGAUUUUUCAAAAGCUAUGGAUGCAUACCAGAAGGCUUUGGAGCUGGAUUCUUCUUCAAAGGAAGCGACAGAAGGCAUCCAGCGCUGUAUGAUGAGUCAGACCAUGAGGAAUGACAGUCCCGAGGAGGUGAAGCAAAGAGCGAUGGCUGAUCCUGAGGUGCAGCAGAUUAUGAGUGACCCCGCCAUGCGCAUGAUCCUAGAGCAAAUGCAGAAGGACCCGCAGGCACUUAGCGACCACUUAAAGAAUCCAGUUAUUGCUCAGAAGAUACAGAAACUCAUUGAUGUCGGACUGAUAGCCAUUCGUUGAUGAAAACCAACACGCAGAAGUGUGCAAGAAACUCCCAAGGCAACAGUGGAACAAAUCCCUCCAAAAUAUUACACCCUCUCUUCUUGCCUUCAAAUUCAAAAUUAUACUGUCCUGAGUCUCACUGAGACUUUGUGUGUAUGUCAUGUUUUUUUUUUUUUUAAUCAGUUUCACAACUUUUACAUCGUAUUUAAGAAAGCAUCUUGUAUCUUGUCAUCUGGAAAAGUUGGAGUCUCCAAAAAGCCUAACCUUGAACAAAUGGAUAUACGUGUACAAAUGCUUCAGUACAGUACAGUGCACCAGCACGCUCCAUGUUUAAAGAGGAAAUCCACACUAAAGCAGUUCACGUUUUCUUAUUAGUUCAUGGUUCAAGGAUAUAAAAUGAGAAUUACAGAUCAACACACAAAAUCAAGAUUGUAAUGUAGAUCACAAAUUGGAAUUGUCAAAAAUAGUCUUCUUCUUUACUCUGGUGUUGUCCACUUCAGGCUUGACUAAAUAUGGUGCUUCAAAAUUUGGGUGUCAAGUUUGUUUUCUUUUGUCAUUCUCACAGAACUCCGGUGGAGAGCUGAAUCAUUAACCAUUGACCACCAAUGUGCAGGUCAUAGAUCUUUAGGUGUUCUUGGUCUUAUUGUUGUUCUUGUGCAAAAUAAUUUGAAGCCCUGUUUCGAGACACUUUGGUCUUUGGCCUAACUGGUGAUAUUUGUAUAAAGAUAAAACCAGGAAAUUCUUGAGUGUUUCUGGGAUUCAGGUGCUGACAGGACAGGUCCAGACAAACUGUAACCAAGACUGGAAGAAUACAACCUAUUGUUUUUUUUUAAGAAUGUAGGGAUGAUUUGCCAUAAUAAAAGUUUCAAGAUUGGUCCAUUAUAUAAAGUUCAUACAGCGUUUCUGGCUACCACAAUGUUUCUGUACCAGUUUUAAAAAUAGAAAUUAAAUCUGUUAUGCAGGUGGAAAUAUCAGCAAAGAUUAAGUGGCUGAAAUUUUGUUUUUCCCAGGACUAAGCACCCAAACAACCCUCCUGGUAUAAAUAUUUCAAUAAACUAGGUAGAUUUAGGUUGCUAAACUUUCGUCUACUGGUUGAGUAUGGGGAUUACAAGUUUUCUCUUUUCAUGGUGCAUCUUAAAUGUUUGUUGUCCUGCCUUAGGGCACUGAAACCUCAGUGUUACCAGUCCCUGCUCUCUAAUGUGUACUUGGAACAGCAAAUAAUUCUUUAAGUAAAAUUUAGCCAGCCUUUAAAA